CUUAAACGGAAAAGCAUUCGCGAACUUUAUGAGAUUCUCUUGUUUUUACAUCUCUAAACCUGCUUUCUUGAUUUACCCCGCGUUUAGAAAGUAUUGUCAAGAUGAGUGACAAGUCAUUGGAAGUACUGGUCUAUGGGCUUGGAGCGAUCGGGUCAUUCUAUGCUUUCAUUUUAAGCCGCAGUGAACAUGUUCACCUGACCGUCGUCGCCCGAUCGAAUUUUGAAGCCGUCUCUGCCAAUGGUAUCUCAAUUGACAGCCAGAACCAUGGGAAACACCACGUGAAACCUCACAAAGUCUUUCGAACUGUCGCCGAAGCUGGCCAAAAGUUUGACUUCAUCAUAUGCACGAACAAAGCAGUCGACCAGCUCAGUACUGCUGCCGACAUUGCGCCCGGCGUUGGAGAUAACACCUCGAUUGUCAUCAUCCAGAACGGUGUCGGGAACGAGGAUGCUUUCCGUGAAAAGUUCCCGAGCGCAACCAUCAUCUCAUGCGUGACAUGGGUUGGCGCAAGGCAACCAGAGCCUGGCUUCAUAGCUCAUACGACGUCCGAAGAUAUGCAAGUGGGACUGUACCCGAACGAAGCCGGAGAUGAAUCAUGCGACAAGAAACAUCUCGCUCAAUUUGAGUCGCUCUUAUCAAUCGGAAAGACUAUCUUCCAAAUCGUCCCGAACAUUCAGGUUCAAAGAUGGGAGAAGGUAGUUUGGAACGCAGCGUGGAACUCUCUCACUGCUCUUACACUCAUGGACACACACGCAUGGCUCAGCUCAUCAGACCUGUCGACUCCCAUGACGAGAAAGCUUAUGAAGGAAGUCAUUGAUGUUGCCAAUGCGCUUGGUGUUCCUUUGGGGUAUGAACUGAUUGACAGGCUUCUGGAGAAGAUCUUGGCGAUGCCGCCUAUUGGAAGCAGCAUGAGGACGGAUUAUGAGAAUGGCAAGCCGAUGGAGGUUGAGGUCAUUUUGGGGUAUCCUGUUAGGAAGGGUAAGGAGCUUGGUAUUGAUGUUGCGACGAUUGAGACUCUGUAUACGAUCUUGUUGGCUAUUAACAAGCGGCUCAUAAGUGCUCAGAGCAAAUGAGUUCGUCUUUCAGUAGAGCAUAAGCAUAGCCCAUGGAAUGAAUAGAAACAGUUCUCGCAAUGUUAAGACUG